GAAACCCGGCGCAGAAGGCGCGAGAGGACCCAGCGGCCGGUAUGUGGUCCAUUCAAUAUGUGACUGCUGAGCAGUUAGCCGGCUUCCAUCAGUACAAGUACAGAGCUGUGGAUUCAAACCCGUUAUCUGUAUAUAUUAUGCAGCCAUUAUGGAACAGAAUUGUAAAGAUAGUGCCUUUGUGGAUUGCUCCCAAUCUUUUAACCCUGACAGGAUUUUUGAUGAUUUUGAGUCACUGGUUCAUAUUAGCUGUUUAUGACUGGGACUACACUGCAUCAGGAUCCAGUCCUGGGUUGAUUCCAACAUGGGUUUGGGGGUUUGGUGCUUUUGCCUGCUUUUUGGCUUACACUUUAGAUUCCAUAGAUGGAAAGCAUGCUCGAAGGACUCAGUCCAGUACCCCCCUGGGAGAGCUGUUUGACCAUGGCCUAGACAGUUGGGCUACCUCAGUUUUACCCCUUUCAUUUUUUUCAAUCUGCUCCCGUGAUAAUGGAAAAAGUGGAGUUCCUGUGUCGACCAUGUAUUUAUCGUUAAUUGUUCUGUUACUAAAUUUUAUGUUUUCACACUGGGAAAAAUAUAACACAGGAGUUCUUUUUCUUCCUUGGGGAUAUGAUAUAAGCCAAGUAGUUACGGUUGGUAUGUAUUUGCUGACUGCUGCUUUUGGAGUAGAAGUUUGGCAUAGGCCUUUCAUAUUUGGUUAUUAUCUGACAGAGAUAUUACUAGUGCUUCUUUUAGUUUGCUGCAUAUUUAUUUCCAUUCCACAGACACUCUACAACAUUUACUUAGCCUAUGGAAAUAAAACAUUACUGAAGGAUUCUUUGUAUGAAGGGCUGCUACCACUGUUGUCACCUAUGCUGCUCUUUACACUGCUCACCAUCUGGGCAUUUUUAUCACCCUGUGAAAUAUUGGUAAAACAAACCAGAAUGUUCCUGUGGAUGGUUGGAGUUGUGUUCUCAAAUGUUACUUGCAGGAUGAUAAUUUGCCAGAUGACGAACACAAGAUCCGAAGUGCUUCACUGGCUUUUGAUCCCAUUAGCUGUCAUGGUCUGCACGUCAACUUCUGGGCUUCAAGGCAGAUUUGAAGAACCAAUACUUGCGGGAUUCACCAUCUUUGUCACAGCUGUUCAUGUCCACUAUGGAGUUUGUGUGGGGAAGCAGCUUAGCCAACAUUUCAAUAUCUACAUCUUUUCCUUGAAGAAGUACACUAAAUAAAUUUGGAAGCUAUUGCAUCAAUGCCAUAAAAUGUUUUACUUCUGUAUGACAGAAACUUAGUCAUGGAGCAGAAACUUCAUACUUGAAACAGUGAAGCAGUGAUGAAAAGUGAAGCACGAGGCACUGUAAUUUAAAAAACUUCAUUCAAGUAUUUUCUAACACUUCCCCUUUGAUCUGAUUUACUCAAAUACUUGCUAUUUUCUUAUAAUAUCUAUUUCCAUUGUUCUCAACAUUCCUGAGAUGUCUCAGCUUUUUUUGUUCUUUGUUCUUGCUGACCUAAUCUGUAUAUCUAAUUCCCAAGUGUGCCCCCAUCUGCAGAUACCUAAAUCCACAGAUAAGAGGACCACUAACCCCCCCCCCCCCAAAAAAAAAACCCAUGCUUUUCUACAAACUUGGGAAACCCUCUGGGUCUGCAGAAAAAUCCAAAUCGCUUCAAAAGAGGGAUUUAAAUCCCCCCCCCCAAACAGAAUGAAGUGUUCUCUAUGCAUUGGCAGCUACCAGCAUUCCCCGCUGGGUCGGCCGGGCCCAGAAUAGUUGCCAGCAUUCACGCUGGCCCACAGCACAGCAGUGCGUGCCGUGGGGGUAGAUGAAAAUAAAAAGUCCAGGCCU